CAAGAUAGGGUUUUUGAUCGUCCCGUGCUAGAUGCCGCGACGCCACUGGUGCUGUAGCAAUCCGUGACGAUGAAGAUAACGAUGGAGCAGGGGGAAUGUGGCGGAGAUUCCAGCGCACUGGCGAUUCAUAAGCUGCGCGGCAUUGAAUCGGCGAAUUUCUUCGCGCUCCAGGCGAGGCGCGCGGAUGCGGUGGGAAAUGUGGCGCUGCUGGCGGCAUUUCUCUCCGUGUGAGGAAAUAUUUCGGGCGAUGGGAGCAGUGGUAUUCAGGUUAGCUCUCUUGCUGGUUGUGGUGCUCGGGAGCUUGUCCGAUCUCGCCGAAUGGCCAGCGUCGGUGAAGAUUGGCACACUUCUGGCUCUCAAUUCCACCGCCGGGCACACAGGCAUGGUGGCUAUACAAAUGGCUGUGGAGGAUAUCAACAUCAGGAAUUCGAGCUUCCUCAAUGGGACGAAGCUCGAGAUCAUUACUGCGAAUUCGAAUUGCAGCGCAUUCCAGGGCGCUGCCUCAGCGAUGCGAUUGUUCGAGCAAAACGUGGUUGCGAUUGCUGGGCCUCAGGCGUCAGUGGUGGCCCAUUUCGUCGCACACAUGGCAGCAGCGACGCAGGUCCCGUUAGUGUCAGCGUCUGCCACCGAUCCAACCUUGUCCGAGUAUCAGUUUCCAUUUUUCCUCCGGCUCGCGCGCAGUGAUCGUAUGCAAAUGGAAGCAGUGGCUGGAAUCAUCAGCGUCUACGGGUGGCGAGAAGUUGUGGCCAUUUACAGCGACGACGACUAUGGGACAAAUGGUAUUGACACGCUGGGUGACGCUCUUGUUGGUUUCGGGGCCAGCAUCGUCUUCAAGGCCGCCCUGGAUCCAGCCAUAGACAGGACAGGGAUUAGCAAGAUUCUCGCGGGAGUGGCUCAGAUGGGUACCAGGAUAUUUGUAGUUCAUCUGCAGCCUGCCAUGGGGUUGACGCUGUUUAGCGAGGCCUACUUGCUGAGGAUGCUGGAUAAAGGCUACGUCUGGAUUGCUACCGAAGCGAUCAUAUCGACUUUGGACACAAUCUACCUCGAUAGCAAUUAUGUUCAAGCAACGCAAGGGGUGAUUGGAACUCGUAGCUACGUUCCAAAGUCUCCUCAGCUUGAGGCGUUUGCAACCAGGUGGAAAAAGAUAGCGGAGGAGGAAGGCAGUGGUCUCAUUUAUUCGCAGUACAAUGCGUAUGAUCUGUAUGCUUAUGACAGCAUCUGGAUGAUCGCAUAUGCGGUGAGAAAGUUUCUCCUCAACCGGGGGAACUUUAGCUUUGUGUCGCCGACAGGUUUCCAGGCAAAUUCAGGUGGAGGCUCGGACUUGGCAAAGCUCAAGAUUCUGCUGGAGGGGCAGGCCUUGUUGGAAGACUUCUUGGAGACAAGUUUUGAAGGGGUGUCGGGAUUAGUGCAGCUUGAUAAAAGAGGCGAUCCUUCGGACUCGGCUUUUCAAAUCGUCAAUAUGGUGGGAAAAGGAUUGAGAACAGUGGGGUACUGGACGAAUGCUACAGGCUGUUCGACUGUUGAACCAGGCACCAACGGGAGCAUUAAAAGCGAUGAACAGAAACUUGAGGACGUCAUAUGGCCUGGUGGUGCGGUGCGUGUUCCUCGGGGCUGGAUGGUUCCAAAGAAUGGACGGCCUCUGGUGAUCGGGGUCCCGAACAAGCAAGGAUACAAGGAAUUUGUAGAUACAGCACUUGGACCCGACAAUGCGACAGUCUUUCAUGGUUUCUGCAUCGAUGUUUUUCAGGCAGCGCUCUCGUAUCUUCCUUACACUGUUCCUUAUUCGUUUCAGCUGUAUGGAAACGGGACAUCGACACCGAGCUACGACGAGCUCGUUCAGAAAGUUGUCAACAAGGAAUAUGACGCAGUUGUGGGAGAUAUAACGAUUACAACCAAGCGUGCAAAGAUUGUAGACUUUACACAACCAUAUACUACCUCGGGCCUGGUUGUCGUCGUUCCUCUCAAGAAAGGGGCCACAAACCAUGCUUGGGCUUUUAUGCGACCGUUUACUCCAGCGAUGUGGUUUACAACAGGUGCAUUUUUCUUGUUCACUGGGGUUGUUAUGUGGCUGUUGGAACACAAGAAAAACCGUGACUUCCGUGGUCGACCGAAGAAACAAGUUGUAACAACACUCUGGUUUAGCUUUUCCACGUUGUUUUUCGCUCAAAGUAAGUCAGUUUUCGUGCUUUAUAUCUCAUGUAGGAUCUUGAAACAGCAGGCUUGCAUUUUUGUAGGAGAGGAUGUAAAGAGCACCCUUGGACGGGCCGUGCUUAUUAUCUGGUUGUUUGUUGUUCUCAUUAUCAACUCGAGCUACACUGCCAGUCUCACAUCCAUUCUUACAGUUCAGCAACUGAUGCCGACAAUUCAAAACAUAGCCGGCUUGGUGGCGAGUAAUGUACCUAUAGGAUACCAAGCAGGAUCAUUCGUCGAAGAGUAUUUGCUGCAACUCAACGUCCCGAGGGACAGGCUAGUCCCUCUCGAUUCUUUAUCAGCGUACACCGCAGCUCUCCAGAAAGGUCCAAAGUCAGGUGGCGUGGGAGCUAUAGUGGACGAACUGCCUUACGUGCAGCUUUUUUUGUCGUCAGAGUGCGAUUUCACAAUUGCCGGGCAGCAGUUUACGAAGAGCGGCUGGGGAUUUGCAUUCCAAAAAGGAUCGCAGCUGGCCAUCGACAUGUCAACCGCGAUACUCACACUCGCCGAAAACGGCGAGCUGCAACGCAUCCACGAUACCUGGCUCAACGGAUACGACUGCGGCUCACAGAAGGUGCAAAUCGACUCCAACGAGCUGGGACUGGGGACGUUUUGGGGGCUCUUCCUGAUAACAGGCACGGCUUCCAUCAUCUGCCUGUUCGUUUACUACACCAAGAUGCUGCUACGCUACCGCAGAAUUCUCAAGGCCCAGAAAGAGGAGUGCUCGUCGCCAGACAACAGCAUACAGGAUAACUCCCGGCGCUCCUCGAGCUUCCUCAGGUCCUUCGUCACUUACGUGGAGGAGUCCGAGGUUCCAAAGAAGCAUCGAAACUCUUCGCUCAAGAAGAAAGAGGGAGGAGGCACGGGAAGCUCGAGACGAGAGGAGGACAGGAGCCCGGAUAACAAUGGCGGCUGUAGCUCCUCUGAGGCAACGUAGAGAUUAUUUAUAUGAGCUCCUGGGACGAGAUCUUCGCCGCUUAAACUGUAUACUCGAUUGGCUUGACGAUUAUAUGAGAAAUGAAAUUCUCAUUCAUAAAUAUAAUGACCGGACCACUACACGACUUUUUUGCUGAUAUAUCUCAAAAUGCGAAUAUGCGAUCCUCCUUUUUUU